AAAAAUAGUAAGAUCCUUUCUAGGUAAGUUUUUUUUUAUGUAUAUCAUUUAGAAUGGACAUAACUAAAUAAAAAGAAACGUUUGCUUUUCCUUGUUAUACAUUCAGAAAACUGCUUCGUCAAUUGGAAGAUUUAUCAGAACAAGCACUGACGUUAAAAUCCGAAUAUUUACAUCGUUUUAAAACAUUGUACGCCAUUAGUUCAAAACUCAGUAGAUUCUGUUAUGAAACGUAUAAACAAAUAUCCAACUAUGUGGAUGCCAAGGUGGGCAGUAAAGAGGAGAUUAGUCUGAGUAUCAUUCAACAAAUUGUGUAUAAUAAGGCGGAUGAAAUUCUUGAGAUUGCAGAAAGUACCAUGUGGGAAGGAUGUUUAAAGACACUUAAAUCAUUGACCUCAGAACUUGGUACGACCUUUGAACGUAUCUCAAAUGAAAUCAAGACCGAAAAGAUCGCCACUGGGGUCGCUCCAUGGAUUCAACGUGCAUCGGAUAUGAAGGCAGAGGUUGUGAUGAACCAUGAUAUGGAACGUAAAUUACAACAGCAUACGGAUGAGAUUCUGAAACUUAUCAAGGAUGUGAAAUUCAAGGAACAAUCAUUGCAAGAAUCCGGAGUCAAAAUCGAACUUUUGGAAAAACGCAUGGAGACGGUCAAGAAGCAAGCGGACCAAGCCAACGAAGAAAUCCUGACGAAAACACGAUCUCAGGAACAAAUGUAUGCUGAAGCGUUGGAGAAUUUACAGACUGAAUUUGAUGCGUUAGAACAAGAGAAUCUGGCAUUGAAGAAGAAUGCAGCUAAAAAAGAAGAAAAACGAUUAUCCGUCCCUAAAAAGACCGAAUAUGACUUGCUGGAAGAUGGAUCUGCUCUUCUUUUGGAAAACGAGAAUGUCAAUGUAUUUGAAAUGAAUGGUCAGUUAGAGUCCUUGAAAGCUGCCAUUCGCUAUUUGCGUGCAGAAAAUGCACACUUGAAGGGCACGGAUGUGAUGAGAAAGUUGGAUCUGGAUAGUGGCGGAGCUCAACCGAGUAAGAGGAGCGUGGACCCCCAAACCCAGGCUUUGAUCCGCUCCUUUGCAAUCGAAACUCGCAUGCUUGUAAAGGAUCUGCGUACGGCCAGUGCGACACCCAAGGUGAUCCAGCUCAGUAAAGAUCGAAAGGGAGGAAAAUGGCAAAGCGAAAAGCGCUUACCGGAUUAUCAAUAUCAAACACAACAAUCUGUGUUGUAUACCCUCAAGCAACGAUGUGAUCAAUUAAAAGAGAAAAUGUUGCAUGUACAAACAUCACCCGUUCGACAACAAGAAAAGGUCUUGGAAACCGUCAAGAAUAACUUGAUUUCGUUAGCUAAAAUACAAUUACCUAAUCAUCGUAACAACGGAGGCAACAAGCGAUGUAUUCAACUUCAGAGCCUGAUUGAAUUUGAAAAAAUUCACAGCAUCUUCAUUCGUUAAAUUUCAGCUAUUUUCCCCGCCCUAGAAAGAAAGAAAGAAAGAAAAAA